AUGAGACUUCUCUCCCUUGCCACGCUCGUCUUGAGCACCGUUCCCGGUUUGGUCACCGGUGCGGCGGUGGACACAGUCAUCCCCGGGACGCAGAUUAUUCCCGCAACAGAUAUAGCUGGGCUGGAGGCCAUUGGGGCCCAGUAUCCCAAGUACCCGGACCGGCAGACCGUCACCAUCCGGGCCUCGAAGAGCGAGGAGGACGAUGUCUCAAGCGACUUCCUGUGGGGGCUACAGCAGGCCAAUCACGGCGGACGGUUGUUACUGCAGAAGGGGCAGACGUAUGUCAUUGGGAAAAAGUUGGACCUGACGUUUUUGGAUGAUGUAGAGGUGCAGUUGGAGGGGGAGAUUCAGUUCACCAACAACAUCACUUAUUGGCAAGCCAACAACUUCUACUACGAGUUCCAGAAGUCCAUCACCUUUUGGGUAUGGGGUGGACAAGAUAUCAAGAUCUUCGGGAGUGGAGUCCUGAAUGGGAACGGGCAGCGGUGGUAUGAUGAGUUUGCCGGCAUGGAGAUCUUGGACCCCGACAACACCUUCUAUCGACCAAUCCUGUUUUUGACCGACAAUGCCACACGUGUGUCGGUCGAGGGAAUCACGCAGCUGAACUCACCGUGCUGGAACAACUUUUUCGUCCGUACUAAGGACAUUUCGUUUGACAAUGUCUAUAUUCAUGCGUUCUCGACGAAUGCAUCGGCGGACCCCAAAAAUACCGACGGGUUCGACUCGCUCAACGUAGAUGGGUUUAGUGUCACCAACAUGCGCAUCGAUGUGGGCGAUGACUGCUUUUCGCCUAAGCCGAACACGACCAACAUCUUCGUGCAGAACCUGUGGUGCAACAACACGCACGGAGUGAGCAUGGGUAGCAUCGGUGAGUAUGCGGGGGAGUUGGAUAUCAUUGAAAAUGUGUAUAUCGAGAACGUGACGUUGUUGAAUGGAGAGGCCGGGGCGCGCCUCAAGGCCUGGGCCGGCAAGGACGUCGGCUACGGCCGCAUGAACAACAUCACGUACAAGAACAUUCAGAUCCAGAACACGGACGCCCCGAUCGUGGUUGAUCAGUGUUAUUUCGACGUGAACGCGACCGAGUGCGCCGAGUACCCGUCGGCCGUGAACCUCACCAACGUGCUGUUCGAAAACAUCUGGGGGACGUCCUCCGGGGCCGAUGGGCUGGUGGUUGCUGAUCUGGCGUGCUCGCCGGAUGCUGUGUGCUCGAAUAUUACGCUGAAGGGGAUAUCGCUGACGAGUCCGGCGGGCAGUCCGCCGGAGAUUAUCUGCUCGGACAUCGAGGGGGGAAUUGGGGGAAGCGGCAAAACCACCCUCCUGGAACACAUUCUCCAGUCGCCGAACCAUGGGCUUCGGAUAGCGGUGAUUGUGAACGAUAUGAGCAGUUUGAAUAUCGACGCCACUCUCAUCAAUCAUCACACCGUCUCACACACCAAAGAAUCUCUCAUCCAACUCCAGAAUGGGUGCAUCUGCUGCACGUUGCGCGGCGACUUGCUGGCAGAGCUUGCUCGCCUGACCACACAACAAGGGGUCGAGUAUGUGGUGAUCGAGAGCACGGGGAUCAGCGAGCCGAUGCAGGUGGCCGAGACGUUCACGGCGGAGUUCAGUGCUGCUAUGCUGGAGGCUGGAUCCGCCGACCCGAAUGAUAGCGGGGAGGGUCUGGGGAUAGACGAGGAAGGACGCAAGAUCCUGAACCAGAUAGUCGAACUCGGCGGCCUCCACACCAUGGCCACCCUGGACACAACCGUGACCGUGCUCGACGCCUUCAACCUGUAUGCCAACCUUGAUACACCCGAGUUCCUCUCCGACCGCUAUGGACCAGACACAAUCAUCCCCGAAGAUGAGCGCACGAUAUCCGACCUGAUGGUAGACCAGAUCGAGUUUGCGGACGUCAUAGUCAUCAACAAGCUCGACAUGGUGGAUGAGGCCGCAAAGCAGAGAAUCCGGAGCCUCCUUCACCUGUUGAACCCUGCAGCGCGGGUUCUCGAGGCCAUCUACUCCCGGAUCGACGUGCGGGAAAUCCUGGGCACGGGGCGGUUUGAUUUCGUGCGGGCAGCCAGUGGGGCAGGCUGGCUGCGGAGUCUGCAUGAGAUGAGUCGCAUUCAAACGGCGAAUGGGGAGAGGGUGGCGCCGAGGCCAGAGACGGUGGAGUAUGGAAUCAACAACUUCGUGUAUACGGCCCGACGGCCAUUUAGUCCGAAACGGCUGUUUGCAUUGCUGCACGACAAGUUUAUUCUGUUGCAGAAUGCGGGUGGAGAUGAUGACAAGGAGGAUGAAGAUGAAGACGAAGAUGAAGAGAUGUCUGAUGAAGGUGAAAAUUCCAAUUCAGAUGGAGAGGACGAGGACAAAGAAGAGGAAGAAGAAGAGAUCACCCCUUUCGAUGACCUCUCGCCUGAUACCAUCCUGGCCAACAAACGCGCGCAUCCCGUUCUCCAACCCAUCCUCCGGUCGAAAGGCUUCUUCUGGCUGGCGACGCGGCCAUACCAGUUCGGCGAAUGGAGCCAAGCGGGGGCAAUGCUGACAGUGGGCUGUGGAGGAGCGUGGUUCGCGGAGCUGCCGGACGAGGCAUGGCCCGAGGAUGCAGACGUGCGCCAGUCGGUGGAGGAUGACUUCCAGGGCGAAUGGGGGGACCGGAGACAGGAGCUGGUGUUCAUCGGGGAGGGCAUUGAUCCGGAGGUCAUCACGCAGCUCCUGGACGAGUGCCUGCUGGAUGAAACGGAAAUGGCGAAGUGGGAGGGGGUGAUGCGUCGAAACAGGCGGUCGCGAGUCCGGAAGCAGGAGAUGAUGGAGGGGAUGUGGGAGGAUGGAUGGGAAGACUGGCCGGGGCUGGAGGAAGAUGGACUGGAGGAGGAGGAGGAGGAGGAGGAGGAGGAGGACAGGACAAGGGCAAAGAAAGAGGGAGAAACCCACCGGCAUGGACGUGCCAGCAGACAUGCACACACUCACCCCCACCACCGGCACUGA